AUGCCGGCUUUGAUGUUCGUAUUCAUGCAAAAAAAAAAAACAAACAAGUACGACGAUAUUCAAACUAGGUGGUUGGCCUGCAGCAGGCAGGGAACCCAAAGAAAAAAGGAUUUUGAUUCGUUGGAUAUGCAUGUCGGUGAAAGGAGAUACCGCAAUACAAACAUCAAGCGUUCUGGGUGUAAUGCAUGUAUAAAAAUACAUAUGACGAAGGAUAGGGCUUCUUACAAGAUUUAUGAGUUUGUUGAGGCACAUAACCAUGCAUUGUUCAAUAUUAAUGAUCGUCGUUUCUCUCGGAAGAAUAGACAGAUGAAGUAUACAGACUUCAAAACUGUACUAAACAGCUCGAGUUACAAUGUUGGUGCGAGAAGGGCUCACCGUAUUCAAACCGCAUUGAACGGGGAAUUCGAACAUACGCGAGUCUCCGAAAUCGAUUUCAAGAAUUUUAAGAGGGAUGCUGUUGCUUGCGUUGGGAAUAAAGACGUGAAGAUGUUGAUCAAUAAAUUAUCAAACAGACGGGAUAUUGUCCCCAGUUUCUUUUUCGAAUACAAGUGCAAUGAACAAAAAUUGAGCGCAAUUUUCUGGGUAGGUGAAGUUGCUAGAAUUAACUACAAAGAAUUCGGUGAUGUCAUAUUGUUUGACGGGACUUUUCGCACUAACAAGCAUGCAAUGAUCUUCGUUCCCUUCCUGGCUGUUGACAACCAUAAGGCAUCCGUUGUUGUCGGAUCCGCUCUAAUAAGCGGCGAGACAAUUGAUAACUUUUCUUGGGUUCUAAAGGCUUUUCUAAAAUGUCAUGAUAAACAACCUUUGUUCGUGAUUACAGACCAAUGUUCGGCGAUGAAGCAAGCUAUCUCGAUGGUUUUCACGGAAGCCAAGCAUAGACUCUGUAUGUGGCACAUUAUGAAGAAGGUGCCUUCAAAGGUUAGUGCCGCACUAAAUCACGAUCCUAACUUCAAUAAAGUUAUCAACAAGCUCGUAUGGAACAUACAUAUUGGCCCAAUGGAGUUUGAGACUCGUUGGCAUGAGAUGAUUCAUCAAUUCAAUCUAGGUGGGGAUACUUGGUUCAUAGAGAUGUAUGAAAUCUGA